AUGACAUCGCCUACGGUAGGAUUACAGCAGAGUUAAUAAGAGGAAAUUAAAGAAAACGCAGCAAACAUAUCAAGUGCCUUGACAGGAGCAAAUACUGGAUUAAAUAACUAAAGUGCUCUUGGUGCUGGGUUUGGAGGAUCAUCCUCAAUGUUUGGUGGCUCUAGUCCUUACUCCUCUGGAAUGUAUGGAGGCGGAGGAAUGUAUGGUGGUGGAGGAGGCAUGUACGGAGGUGGCAUGUAUGGAGGCGGUGGAAUGUACGGCAGAGGUAUGUAUGGUGGAGGAAUGGGUAUGUAUGGCUAGAACAGCAUGGGAAACAACACCUCCAGGCUUGAAAGAAUGAAUCAGUACAUCUACUAGCUCUGUGAAAUAGCUCAGAUGGUCGAAUUUAAUGCUCAUGGUCUUUACGCAUUUUACAAUUUAAUUAAGAAUUUGGGAGUAGCAACAAUGAAGUUCGGCAAAGAAUGGAUAGUUUAUUUAGUUGAAUAAGCAAUACUUAGAUUCAAGUAAUUCAGAGAAUGGAGCAAAUAAAAAUUCGUGGAUUACUUCUUAAAAAAAAAUUUGACCAAGGAUGAACUUUAAAAAUAGAUAUCAGUCUUAUAGAAAAUACUCAGAAUUGUUCUAUUCUUCGUCAUUAUAAAUCUCGUCAGAGUUUUAUAUAGACUUAUUUCAUAGAGAUAUACUCUUAAAUGA